CCUCCUCCGCCGCCGCCGCCUCCGCCGCCGCCGCCGCCGCUUCCGCCGCCGCCGCGCCGCCCGAUGCGCCUCCUCGCCGCGGCGGCGAGAGCACACCGUUCGUCACACCGCCAUUUCCUCCUCUCCUCCAGCUUCCACCUCUCCUCCGCCGCCACCUCCACUACCACCUCCUCCACCUCCUCCUACGAUCCCAUCAAGCAAUUCCUCCUCCUCCUCCCCUCCAACACCCACUCCCACCACCACCACCUCUCCCUGCCGGCCUCCCUCCGCCGCGACGCCGUCCUCGCGCUCGCCCGCCUCAUCAAGGUCUCCCCUCCAUGCCUCCUCGCGCUCCACGCGCUCACCUCCCCCACGUCGUCGUCGUCGUCGCCGUCACCGCUCCCGGCCCGCUUCGCCGCCGCGCUGCGCCUCGCCUCGUCGGCCCAGGCGCUCCCCACCUUCGCGUCGCUCCUCCUCGCGGCUCUGCUGCCGGAUGCGACCCCUGAUCUGCUAGCGUUCUGCGAGGGGUUCCGUGGGCGUAGCGGGAGGUACGCCGCGCGCCGCCUCGCCCUCCAUGCCUUCCUCGCCGCUGGCAUGGCUGACGAGGCGCUCGACGUGCUCGCGCGCGUCCGCCGCGCCGGGGACACGCCCAGCCUGUCUGCAUUGGCGGCGCUGCUGCGCCUGCUCUUCCGUGGCGGGGAGGUCCGGGCUGCCUGGAAGGUGUUCGAGGAAAUGGCUGCGAGGGGACCGAGGCCUAACCUUGCCAUAUUCAACGCCAUGAUCUUUGGGUUGUGCCACAGGGGUCUUGUACGUGUCAGCGGUGGCCUGCUCGGCGUAAUGGGGAGGUUCCACGUCGUCCCGGAUGCGUGCAGCUAUAACAUCCUGAUGAAGGGGCACUGCUUGUAUGGGCAGGCAGAGGAUGCCUUCAAUCUGUUUGACGAGAUGCGUGUGACAGGUUGUUGUCCUACUAUCGUCACGUAUAACAUAUUGAUGAAUGAGCUUUGCCGUGAGGGCAGGAUGGUGGAGGCAAGGAUGCUGUUUGAUGAGAUGUUGCAGGCUGGAGUUGAAGUGAAUACAAUCACGUUCAAUGUUUUGAUUGAUGGUUAUGCAAAGGCUGGACAGAUGGAGAACGCUAACAUGGCCUGCGCAGAGAUGAAGGCCAUGGGAUUAAUGCCUGACUGCUGCACCUUCAACAUUCUUUCGGCUGGAGCAUACAAGUUUGGGAAGGCUGCGUUGUUUGUACUUGAUCAGCAGCAGUUGCAUGAAAUGUUUGGUUCACAGUUGUCAACAGAUGGGAUAGAUAUGUUGAUCUGUAGACUUUGUUGGGAUGGGCGAUUGGAUGAUGCCUGGGAGCUCCUGUGUAGCGCUAUUGAGAAGGGUGUUCAAGUGAGCGUUUCAGGAUUUAAUGCGCUGAUUGCUGCAUAUAGCAAGGAGGGAUUUGAUGAAGAAGCUUUUGAGCUAUAUAAAACUAUGAACAAAUUAGGUCUUGCACCAUCAUCAUCAACUUUGAAUUACUUGAUAAUGGGACUGUGUAAUCGUGGGAGACUUGAUCAGGCACGGCUGUUCUUAGAAUAUAUGGUUAGAAUGGGAUAUUGUGUGAUUGCAUCUUUUACCAUCUACUUGGACUCAUCCUUCAGAGCUGGUGAUGUAUUAGGUGCCUUGAAGUGUUGGGAUGAUAUGAAAAUAGUUGGUUUACAGCCUGAUUUUGUUGCCUUCUCGGCAUAUGUCAAUGGUCUUUGCAGACUAGAUUUUCUAGAUGAGGCUUACAAUGGUUUUAUCGAGAUGAUAAGAAGAGGGCUUGUUCCAAAUAAUUUUACUUACAACUCCCUCAUAUCUGCAUUUUGUAGGGCUGGGAAUGUGUCUGAAGCAUUGAAAUUAGAGCAGAAGAUGAGGCAGAGUGGCCUUGUUCCUGAUAUUUUUACGAGGAACAUUUUAAUUGAUGGCUUUUGCAGAGAAGGGGGAUUGAACACAGCUAAUAACCUUUUCUUUGGCAUGUACAGUAUUGGUUUAACUCCAGAUGUUGUGACAUAUAAUACAAUGCUCAAUGCAUAUUGCCGCUCUAAGGAUAUUAAUGGUGCCAUGAUUUUCAUGAAUAAGAUGCUUGCAGAUGGCUGUGAACCUGAUAUUUUCACAUAUAAUAUUUGGAUGCACAGCUUGUGUAGCAACCAUCUGCUGAAUCGAGCAAUGAUGUUACUGGAUGAAUUAGCUGCAACGGAUUGUGCUCCUAAUUCUGUUACAUACAACACAUUGAUGGAUGGGAUCUGCAGCGAUGUUCUAGAUCGGGCCAUGAUUCUGACUGGCAGACUGAUUAAGUUGGCUUUUCAACCCAACACUGUCACAAUUAACAUUUUGUUUUCUCAUUUCUGCAAGAAUGGUUUUGGAAAGCGGGCUCUUGUGUGGGCUGAGAAGCUGAGAGAUGAUUCCUUCAAUUUUGAUGAUGCUACAAGGAAUAUACUUGACUGGGCAUACAGGGAUAUGGAGGAUGAUCCUCAUGCUAGCAGUGCAGACAUUGAUAAGUGCCUAUUUCUCGAGUUCUUAAUGCUCAUGACAUGCACAACUAUUCGCAACAGCAGAUCCUUCAAGUUUACACAUGUACCUAUAAAUACAGUUUUUGGUCAUUCUGGCAGAAAAAGUUUGGAUACUGGAUGAUCAUUGAAAUGUUGAAUUCAUAUCCGCGUGAGCUACUGGAUAAUUUUCAGGUCAUGGACAGCUCUGCUGCAGGAGUAACAUAUUCACUGUUAUGCUUUUUCAUGACUGACAGUGCGAUAAGAUGCAAUGGCUACUGUUCACAUUGUUACUGUCAAAUGGAAAGUCAAAGGAUUUCAGGAAUAUAUGGUGAUGGAAAACAAGGAGAAGGUUUGUGACAAGGGUGUUGUUUGUUCCUUGUUGUCUCAUUUUAUCUAGCUAAUGAGAAACAAUCGUAAAUGAACUGACUGAUACUGAUAGGCUGCUGGCAAGAAUCUUUUAAAGAUGUUGCCUGCUUAACAAGAGAUGCAGAUAUCAUGUUGGCAGUCACAUUGAAAUAUCUGGGAGUAUAUAUAGACAAGACCAUGUGAGCUGUGGUUCUAUACUUGAGCAUGGAUUGAUAAACAAACAUACACAUAUCAAUGGGGAUAUCCAGAUGGCGAGGCAGGCAAUGCAUGUUGUUUUUGUUUUGUUUUGUUUUUUUUUUGCUAGGUGUUCUCUAUAGCUUCUCUAAGUUUUGUUGUUUCCAUAUUUUUAGGGAUGAGUAGUGAGUUCUGGAGAUUACAUACUACAUUUCUAAUACUUUAGAUUUCCAUGUGAAAUUUUGGUAGCACAAUUGGAUCUGAAACCACCAAAUGUACAUUCAAAUAUUCAAGCAUACAUACUAACAUGAAGUGUCUGGAUCUUACAAUCUGGAGGUUCUCACAAUGCAUAUUAGUGGUCCAGGUUCCAACUGAAGUCAUUGCUUUGUUGGUAUGCAUCUCUUGUUUUUAAUCUGUCUGUUGUUGGAUAUAAUUCAGCAGAUUAACUUGGCUCUUUAAGUCAGAGCUGUAAACAUAAAGUCAUGAGUGGAUGUGAAACCUGGCUCCUCUAACUGCUAGGAAAGAGUACACAAAACAGAGUUAAAUAUGCCAUUUUUAUACAGUUCUUUUUUGACUUGUAUCUUUAUUGACAGUUGUUGUUCAAGCAUAAUACUGAAGCUUGCAGCUUGUCCUAGGGAUGUUAUUGUCUUAAUUCUCUCCCAUUGUAACCUUUACAGGUCAUAGCAUGGUCAUAAGACAAGAUAGCACUCGCUUCAAUAUCCAUUGCCCCAAACUUGUCAUCUUCAAUAAGCCAUUUACACAAACUGUGUUUUUGUUAACAUUGUUGUCUUGGGGUUUUACUUAUCAAAGAAAUAGCAGAAAAUAUUUAAUAUCACUUCUCGGUCCCAAUGAACUAUCACACAUUGGAUAUGAUUUUAAUUGAAGUUUUACUAUGGUUCUUUCACCUUGCUCAUGAAUCCAUCAUGUAGUGAUUUAUCUGCAUUUUGCUGACGAGCAGUGCUAUGUUUACUUACAAAAUUCUUACUAACAAAGUUCUCAACCAUUUGAUUCAAGUAGCAGGAAGUUAUAGAAAAGCUAGAUUCAGUCAUGGUAUGCCACAUCACCGUUAGUAAGUUUGUAACAAUUAUUUUGUACGUGUAGCCUUUUCCUUUGCUGAAUUACUUCAAACUAUUUAAGAAGGUUUACAGUUUACACCAGUUGGGAUAGUAUUUCAUGGACAGGUUUCACCUUUAGAUUAUAAACAGUGGUUACCUUUGUUCUGUUGUGGUUGAAAUUUUACCUGCCAAACACUUUGUGAGCAUCAGAACAAAAAUUUAUAUCUCGAUUUGCUCAUAUGAUUCUGUACAUGUUCACAAUGUUUCUGAAUAUUUAUCCGGUGCAAUAGAUGAAUUUAUUCAUGUACGGUACUCAAUAAUAUCUGGAUACCACACUGUUGAAUACUUGAAUGGCCUAGGAAUUUGAACUGGUAAGAUCAAAUUAUGGCAAAUGCUCUGAUGCACUAUGGUUAUCAUAGAUGGAUUAUCGUUAGUCAUCUUGCUUCAUCAGGCAAAAGCAUCCAUAGUCUGAGUUGUUUCUGAAAUUUUUUUUGAAGGGUGUGUAGUUGAUUUCCCACUUCUGUUCUUGUAUGAUUAUUAUACCAUUUCUGAUCUGGCUCAAAACUAUCGAAAUUUCCUCUGUUCUGUUUGUCUUGUGGUUGAAAUUUUAGCUAUUCAUGACUCGUGAGUAGCAGAGAAAAAAAAAUACUUCAACUUACUCAUAUAAUUCUGUACAUGUUCCCAAUGUUUGUGAGUACUUAUUUGAAUAUAAUAGUUGAAUUUAGUAAUAGACAGAACUUGGUAAUGUUUGGAUACCACAAUUUGUUGAAUGACCUAGCUUUUUAAACUGCUAAUAGGACCAGUAAAUUGUGGCGAAUGAUCUAGAAGUUCAUUUCUUCUUUUGCUUCUGCAAGUAUUUUUUUUAUACAUGUUUUCUUAGAUGGCUUCCCCCAUAUAUGUUCCAUAUUUGGCACAGUGUUUCAUAGAUUUCUAGUUAUGAUUUUAACUUAAUAUUGGAGUCAAUCAUCUGCUUUAUUGUAUGUAUCUGAUGGUUAGUUUGUUUCUUUAUGCUUUGAAUGCAAAGUGCUUCAAGAUCGUAAGAUGGGUAUGCACUGAUCUUAGGUUUAGAAUUUCUACUUGUGGCAUAACAAUAUUUGAUUGCUGCAUCCUGAUAGUUCCUGUGAUUGGCUUUGCUCAAACCACUGAUCUUAUGUUUAACAUUGUUGUAUGAGUGCCUUUGGUACUAUUCAUAUCUGUGCUCAGUAUUGAUGUUCUCCUCGAUGUCACUUCUUUUGCAUAUGACUUUCACAAACAGUGGAAAGCCUAAGGACUAUGAUGUCUGUGAAGGAACCAACGGAUGGCCAUGCGGUAGAUCCGGAAAAAUCCUCUGAAUCAAGUGUAGGAGUUUGUUCAAAGGAGCUAUCUGACAGUUCCAGUAUUUCCUGUUGUAGAGAGAACCAACGGGACUUAAACUGCAAAGAAGUCCUACACGAAUCAUCAAUCAAUAGCUCCCCUAACCCCACCGUUUCUCUCAUUUUUUUGGAUUAUUUUUGGGCUCCUUGUUUAAUUUACACGUUGUCUUUUACUGUUUUGGGCUCCUCAUGCAGAUUAGCUUGACGCUUUGCCUUGUUGUGUCCGGUACCAUCAACCGGGUGUUGGAUGUUUAUGCCGAGCAUGUAUGCUCUAUGCGUUUUUUCAAAAAAAGAAAAACUCUCAGGAAACAACGAAGUAGUCCUCCUUAUUCUAAUUUUUACGAAAAAGGACUUACCUUUAUAUGAAAUACAAUGUAAUCCCAAAAAGUACGAGGGCAUUCUCAAAAAAACAGAUCCUAAUCCAAUCCCUCCUCUUACUCUGCUGCCAACCCAUCCCCAACACGCAACAUCUCUCUGCCCAAUCCGCCAUCCCCAUCCAUCAGGCUAAUCCAUGCGGCCUCCUCCCGGCCGGGGGCAAGGACGGCGCCGGCGUUUACAAAGACGACGGAGCAAGGGGACGACAUGCCUCCUGUGCUGACCUCCUCUACCGUGAUGGCCUCCUCGACCUUGUGGUUGCGUCCACGGGGGGAGGGAGGAGGCGGCACCCGCCCGAGCUGCCGCCGGUGCUCCCCUCCUCCUUCUCCAUCCACUUGUGGUGACGGCGGCGGUGGCGGCGGGGGGAGGGCAGAUCCGGCGCCCGACGCCGGCGGAUCCGCCGUCGUGCCCCCUCCCUUCCCUUGUGGCGGCAGUGGCGAAGGUACCUACGUUGGCGGCAGAGCCGGCCGCGCGUCUGCCGCCGAUGCCCUUCCCUCAUGGCGGCGUCGGACCGGCCGCCGGCGCAGGACUGCCAUACGUCUUCCCCCGUCGCCGCGUUGCCUCUCCGUCCUCUCCUCCGCAGCUUCCCAACUGUUCCCCUCUCAACUCUCGACCUCUCCUCUCUACGCGGAACACCAUGACCGUCGCCGCCGAGGUCGACGCAUCCCCUGACGGAGAGGAGAGGAGGAGGCAAGCUUGCAAUCGCACAACCAUCUAUCGAUUUCUCCCUUCCUUCUCUUUCUUCUUUCUUUCUUUCUUUCGUUUCCCCCUCUCACAUGUCAGGUUAUUUUUUCUCCUCAUCCUCUCCGGAUGAUUUCACUUUUGCUCGAAAUCUCUCAUGUUGUUGUGUUGAAGGCGGCGAAGGGGGAAACUUUGGUGGUGGUGGUGGCCGGAGAGGAGGAUGGCGGCAGCGGCAGUGACGGCGGCGGGUACGACAAGGCCGGGAUGGACUCCGGCAAGUACGUGCAGUACACGCCGGAUCAGGUGGAGGCGCUGGAGCGGGUGUACGCCGAGUGCCCCAAGCCCAGCUUCUGUCGCCGCCAGCAGUCGCCAACAUCGAGCCCAAGCAGAAGAUCAAGGUCUGGUUCCCAAAACAGAAGCCUACAAAUGUUUGACAAGAAGAGGAUGAAAGAGUGACAUAGGCGAGCUCUGUAGCAUAUAUAGAAUGUUUGCUAUCCACUGGUACAUCUUUAACCCGAGCCUACCUACUGUAUAGAUGUGUUUAGUACGUGCUUACUAUGCUUAAUUUUGGGGAUAAUAUAGUGCGACGUGUAAGAAAAUUCAGAACUAUGUUGUAUGCUCUAGCUGAAUUUGUUUACUUCCUACAAAAAAAAUGGAUGAACUACUGAUCCAGUUCAUGUUGUGAUCCUCCUCCAAGGAGUUUGUUUUGUUUC